AUGCAGCCACGGCCGCGGCCCCCGCCUCACCCCACAUCCUAUGCGGGAUCAAGGACGCUCUGUUAGGUGCUGCUGGUUCGGGGCCCGGGAAAGCAGGACGCAGCCGCGAACAUCCCCCGUGAGCCCAGGGCAAGAAGAGGAGCGGCCGCGCGUUUCCUCGCCCCACUCCCCCCCAGCCCCAAGAGUCCCCGGUACAGCGGCUCCCGCCCCAGGGGUCCACCCGCCGACAGAGUCGCCGCGUUGCGGCGUGGCCCGGCCCCAAGCCCCAAACCCGAUAAGCGGGGGGAGGCGGGGGCGGGGGAAGUGAGGGGUGUCCCAGAGCACCGGGACCCUCCCGGUAAGGAGUCCCCGCGCUAGGCGAGGCCGCGUCGCCCGCGCCCCUGGCCCCGUACCUGUGCACGAGCAAGAACAGCGCGCCAGGCCCGCCGAGGCUGUGCAGCAGCGGGACGGCACCGCCCGCUUCCCGCCCCGCCGGCCCACGCCGCGCAUGCGCUAGGCCCCGUGCGCCACUGGACAGAGCGGUGCGGUGGCCUCGGUCCCUGCACAUCGGCACCCAUGACCCCCAGCGGGCAUCCCCAACAGACCAGUACCGCACCCACCCCCACUCCUCCGCCACCCGCGGGCAGCUCCCAGCUCCCGCCUCGCCGCGCGCGCUCCCGUGCCAUCGGUCAAUGGCGGGGCUCGCGCCACUGCAUCACCCGGGGGCGGAGCGAGAUGGCAUGCCCAGAGGACCUGGCUGCCCUGGCAGACAAGGACCUGCUUGGCUUUCUCUUCAGCGAUGACACUCAUGACACUGUAGACCCAGGGGAGGAGAACCUCUUGCUGGAGGGCUGGGGCCUGCCAGGGCCCAAGCUCCUAAACAAGGAGAUGGAUGAUUUCAUCAGCCACGUGCUGAGCCCCUGUGAAAAUGAACCAGGCCCACUGCAGGGCUGUUCAUCUGCUGACAGUGACAGCGGCAUUUCUGAGGAUCAGAAUCUGUUCCAUAGCCCUGGCAGUGACUUUGCCAGCAGCCCUCAGAGCUUGGAUAUUGUGCAGUUUGAUCACAGUUAUUCCCUCCAUCAAGACUGGCCUGCACUGGAAAGCAUGAGGGCUGAUAUGGCAGAAGGAGAUGUUUCCAUUGACUUUGAGACAUGGAUGGGUUUGGAAAGCACAACUGAGGCACUGGAACAGAGCUCCAGUUUCCCAAUUGCCAUUGAUGUGGACGCCAGACCCCAGCUCAUGCCUAGAGCCACCAUGCAGCCUGACUUCCCAGAACUGAUGCUGACUGAUGAAGAGAGGCAACUCCUGGAGAAAGAAGGUGUUUCAUUGCCAACCUGUCUGCCACCGACCAAAGCUGAGGAGCAGCUUCUGAAGAAAGUGUGUCAAAAGAUCUGGAACAAGCAGUCAGCCCAGGACAGUCAUCACAGGAAGAAGAUCUAUGUGGAUGGCCUGGAAAACAGGGUGGCAGCCUGCACAGCUCAGAACCACGAGCUGCAGAAGAAGGUGCAGCUCCUGCAGAAGCAGAACAUGUCUCUGCUUGAGCAGCUGCACAAACUGCAGGCCUUGGUGAAACAGUCCACCACCAAAAUGACCACAUUGAGCACCUGCGUCAUGGUCCUGGUUCUGUCCUGCCUCAUUGUCUCGCCCAGUUUCUACUCGUUUGGGAGCAGAGGGCUGCAUCCAGAGCUUGGAGCGCUAUUGCAGCAGAUUCGUGAGUUCCCGAACCAGGCUUGGCAGACAGCACACAGCAGGCAAGAGGAAGCUGUGCUGGAGAGGCUCAGCCCUGAGCCUGAGGACACCUCACUGUUGGGCAGCCUCAGUCAGUCACGGGAAGAGGGGCAGAGUCCACCCAAGCGAUUCAACAGCAACUCAUCCUCUGACCCUCCUGCGACAGCAGGCUCCGAGCUGAGCCAUCCCCAGCUGCAGGAGCAGCGCUCCUGGAGUAACCCCUUGCACUCUGAGGUGCUGGUGCCAUGGAAAGCCAAGAGUCAGGAGUGGGUGGAGUGUGCUGCCACUGUUGUCAUCCAGCAGCACCAUGCUGAUGAGAUGUGACCAUCACCUCCUGCUUGCUGCCUACCAGGGUGAGGCAGGGCACCCUGUCAGGGAGAGACAAGCAGAACUGUGUCAACAGAGAAUCUGUCAAAGCAAAUGCUUUUAAAUAAUCUCCUGAUUGCUGGCAGCUCAGGGUUUACCAGAGGAAUCAUUUUACAGGUUAUCUAUUCCUACACCCUGCUCUGUAUAUCUGUAACAGGAGCCUGCCUGAGAUGGGGUGGAAAGCUCUGGGAGCUUUGUUGCCUUCCUCCUGGGCUGGGGAAGGGCUGUGGUAUGGAGAGUGAAGGCAGCUGGGCCUGAGAUGCCAAUACCUGAUCUGACUGGAGGCAGGUGGUGCAGAAUGCUGCUGUUCAUCUCCAUCUGGGCGGGAAAGAAGCAGAACAGGCUCAGUCCUGCCCUUCUUACUGUGUCUGGUAGCCACAAGCACUUCUUCCUUGUCUUUCCCCAGUAACUCUGCAGUGCUGUCUGGUGUUUGGGUGUGAGAUGGCAAGCUGGAUAGUGACCUUCAGUGACAGGCAGUGGUCCUGCCCUUGCGACAGCCCCUAUGCUUCCCCUGUUUCUGGUAGCUGUUGAGCCAUGGGCUUGCUGCUGGCCUGGCUAGAGAAGGUGUUGGGGAUUCCCAAGCUGUGUGAGCCGGUUCCCUUCACAGGGGCUGAGCCUUUCUUAUUUCACAGCCCAAAGCCGGACUUCUGCCCCUUGGGGAGAAGGAGCAAGGCUACUAAGGGGGAGCAGACCCAAGAGCUGUGAAGCCUCUUGCUCUUCUGAAGACUUUCCUGUCUGCAGGCUGGAUCUGGAGCUGUGCCAAGCUUUGCAGUGA